UCUGACGCAUUGUUUUACACUUGCUGCACUACAGAUUUCGUUCUAAACCCUCCGACAGAAUCAUUAUCAUUCAUUUCCUUUUCUGUUCGUGUGAAUCAUUAUUCUCUCUGUCGCGUAACGACCAAGCGGGUCGGUUUGAGAAAACGACAACGUUAUUUCGCACUUUCCCCCUCUGAACAGAUUGUGACGGAUUACCACCACGAGGUUCACUUGGAGGUGAUGACAGAAAGACACGCGUCCUUCCGGAUCAGUCAGCGUGACAUUCAAAUGAGCGCGUCACAUCCAAAUGUGACAGCGAUCCUCCGCAGUAAUCGGAGUACAGUAACGCGUUACCGGCGGCGGAGUAGCGGCGGUGCGCUCCGGAGUCUCCAUAAAAGUUAGUGCGCGCAGAGCGGAGCUGUCAGAGUGGGGAGAGACGCGGCGGGGUGAGGACCGCAGGCUCGGCCGACUGAUCCGGAUCGAUCCCCCUCAAAAAAACAGUGAGACGUUCAUCUGCUCAGUUCCGAGCGUGAGGUCCGAUCCUCCUGGUGAGGGCGCGCAAAGCGAGGACGCAAUUAAAAGCUCAUUAUCCGUCCUCCGGCUCCUGCUUUCCUCUGGACUCUAUCGGAAUAAUAAUAAUUAAAAAAAAAAAAAAAAAAAAGACAGGAGAGGUUCGGUUCGGAUGCGGGAGGCUCUCGGCUGUGCGGCGGAUGAGGUGCGUUAGAAGAAGAGGAACAAAAAAAAAAAAACCUGCGUCUGAUUCUGACCAAGCAGUUUGAUUUCAUCUGAAAAAGAAACAAAUAAAUCAAAAGAGAAGCCACCACUCCCGGUUUUUUUUUUUCCUUUUUUUUUUCUUUCUCUCUCUCUCUCUCUCUCCGCCGGCCCAGGACUCAAAUGUCUCCACACCACAGACUCACCUCUGGAUUGUAGCAGCAGCCCCGCCGAUGGUUUGAGAGGGCGUCAAAGGUGCGGGAAGGGAGUGGGACAAUUACAGGAUGAGUGAGCGAUACACACAGAUCGGAAGUAAAGGGGCUCUACUUGUAAUGGUGCUUGUUAUCAGUGUCUGGGAGAUGACCCAACAAACGGAGGCCGCUACAGCGCAUCAUGUCCGGACAGGCACCUGCGAAGUGGUGGCGCUGCACCGCUGCUGCAACAAGAACAAAAUCGAGGAGCGGUCGCAAACCGUGAAGUGCUCCUGCUUUCCCGGGCAAGUGGCCGGCACCACCAGAGCCGCCCCGUCGUGCGUAGAUGCCUCGAUAGUGGAGCAGAAGUGGUGGUGUCAGAUGCACCCGUGCCUUGACGGGGAGGAAUGCAAAGUUCUUCCCGAUCUGAAGGGCUGGAGCUGUGCCACAGGGAACAAGAUCAAAACCACUAAGAUAUCCGCGGACAAAGACCAGCUUUGGUAACGUCUGAUGCCUCACAGCAAAGUCCAGGUGAACCAACAGUUUGGUCGGACCAUCAAAGGAGAAGACGGUAAUGCAAGGGACCUUUCUGUAAAUAGAGACUUCCUUUCUUCUGGACCGCAAUUAAUCUUUGGACAACUCUGAAUGCUUGAACUCUAUGGACAUGAAAGAGAGAUGUGGAUCCGAUUGAAAGUACUGAUCAUCAGCACUUCUUUUUAAAAGGACUCUAUAUGAUUAGCCUUACCGGACAACAGGAUUUAUUCUCUGACAUCGUACUGCUUGUAGUGGAAGACAAUGGUGAACUUUGCCUCUCUGUUCAUUUCUAGAGUAUUUGUGUCAUUUACAGGGGGGCUGACCUGGACGAACAGCGGGUCAGUUUGUUGUAAGCCGCGCACAUAUUCAGGGCAAAGUGUGGUUUUGUUCUAUCAGUCAGCCAUCAACUCUAUUCUCCAACAAAGUGACAUUUCAAAGAAGAUGAAAUAAUAUGCGGCUGGGCGACAGCAGAUAACCAGGGUGAUUUUAAAAGACACACAAAAUUACAUUCAUCAGUGUAUCAUUCACGCAUUGUGCUUUUUUUUGUCGCACAGAAAGGGGGAAAUGCACUUAAUUCAAUUUGAAACUCAGCAUAACCUGCUACACAUUAUGUUAUCUUCAAUUAAGUUCCAUUCAACCGAGACACUGUUGAGAAUUUGAAGAGGGCUGAGUUAAACCAGCGCCGUAAAAAGUAAAAGCUGAUCAAACAGACAACGUUGGAUCCAGUCGAGCUUCAUUUCUCCUCUGAAAAAUCACUCUGCCAUUUCCUGCCGCUUCUGCCAAAUUUUGCUUUUGUAUCACAGCUCCGGUGUUCAGAUUCUAGACAACAGCAGUGUAAAUUAAACACGAGGCUUCUGGCCCCUGGUUGGUUGGGUGAUGACGACCACGUUCCCCCGAACCUGUUCUCAACUAGAUACUCAAGUAUGAUUUGCUGAUCACCUUUCAGUAGGUAUCGCUGACACUUCCUUUGUCUGUGUAAGUGAUGACAUCAGUAAUAAACUAUGGUUGUGUAACUAAC